AUGUCAAUAUAUUCAUUUAAUCCUGUAAAGAUAUUAAAGUUUAGUGAUCAAACGAAAUUACAAGUACCAGCAUGGAUUAAAUCGAUACAAAAUACAAUAUUGGAUCUAGAGUUCUUUGAACUAGUAAAGAAUGUAUCUGCAUCACUAUCAAGAGAAGAAGAAGAACGUAUUGUUAAAUCGGAAAUACAAAAGUUAAAGAUAUCAUUUUCACAAAUAGAUAAACCUGAUUUGCGGUCUACCAACUUUCUAGAGGUGGCUUCGGCGUUGACGGCAUUGGCGCGUCUUGUCGACCGCGAAACCAUUCCUGCAUUUAUACCGCGCGUCACAGAGCUGCUAAAGACAUCGAACCGACCGAUCGUCCGAAAGAAAUGUGUUGUCGCACUGCAUCGAUUCUAUCUGGUCGAUGCCAGUCUGCUCGACAAUGCGAUGCAAGACAACCUGCGCAUGGCAAUGAGCGAUAAGGAUCCGUCGGUGAUGGCAGCUGCCAUCGCAAUGUUUCUCGAUAUUUCAAAGUCGACCACUGCUGCACCGAGCAUUGUCAACUUGAUACCAUCGUUCAACAGUAUCUUGAAGCAAGUGGCGGAAGGUCGACUUCCACGCCACUAUCUCUACCACGGUGUUCCAAACCCGUGGCUACAAGUCUACCUCUUAAAGAUACUGGAGAAUCUCUACAUUACCACAGCAUCGUCUUCGCCAGACAAAAAGAAACAGAUAUCCGACUUGAUAUCGCCAACUGUUAAUUUCACACUGGAGCAAUCGCUAAAGUUUAAAAACAAUGCCGGUUACUCGAUUGUCUAUGAAUCGAUACGUGUGCUGACGGUUGUUGCUCACCAAGAUGCAGCGCUAUUGGAGUCGGCCAUAAAGAAUAUCUCUGUGCUGCUAUCACAUCGCUAUAAUAAUCUCAGAUAUCUAGGAAUCAAUGCACUGUCUUCGAUCGUCCAGAUAUCGCCACGCUCUGUUACCGGUCACCAACUCGAGGUGAUCGAAUGUCUAGAGUCACGCGAUGAAACGCUGAAGCGAAAGAGUUUGGAUUUACUCUACAGGAUGACAAACAAUAAGAAUGUUGUACCGAUCUGUGCGAAAUUGAUUGAUCAUCUAAUGACCGACGAUCAGUUGCUAAAACGCGAAUUGGUAUCGCGGAUCUCUGACCUCGCAGAGAGAUACUCACCGAAUGACUAUUGGUACAUCGAGACAAUGCUAAGAAUGUUGAGUGUAGAAGGUGAUUUGAUGUCGGAAGAGAGUGGAUUCAAUCUAAUCAGACUGGUUGCAGGUGGUACAGGAUUGGAUGACAACGAACAAGAAGAUAUCAAGAUAAAGUUACACGCAGCCAGUUUAUGUUGGACAAUAUUAAAUGAUAUAAUAAUACAGCAACAAGGAGAUAUACAACAACAGCAGCAACAACAACAUACUACAACAACACAUAUCAAUAUUAAUGUAAACGAUCUAUUGAUGAAAGUAGUUUGUUGGAUACUUUCAGAGUAUAGUUAUUUAUUUGUUGAUGCUUCUGCUAAAGAGCAGAUAAAAGUAUCUUUAAACUCUGUUAUCAAUGCUUUGGUGGAUCAAAUGGAUAGGGAUUAUAGUGGAGAUGUUAAAUCUUGUAUAUUGACUGGUUUGGCAAAGCUUUCGUCACAGGUCGGCAAGGUGUUGCCACAGGUGUUGAUGGUCGCCAACAGAUAUAGCAACGCAAGGUCGCUUGCCACUCAGAAAAAGUCACUGGAGCUGAUCGAACUUUCGAAACUACCACAUUCGAUAUUGGAUGAAGUACUACCUACCGAUGGCUACUGUGAGGAUUUGGACAUGGCGCAACUAGAGUCCGUUAUUGUAAGACAUGCAAAAGCUGCGAUCUCCAAAGGUUGGUCGAAAUCAUAUAUACCGAAACAAUCUAGACCUUCAACCUUUAUGAAUCCAAAUCAAUUAGUUGAUUUACCUGUGAUUGGAAAUCAAUUGUCGUCGUCAUCAACCACCACAUCGUCAACACAUCAACAACCACCAAAGAAAGAGUUAAACUUUGAAUAUCCUUCACCACCCACUCACUUUAUGAUGCAACAACAAAAACAAUAUCCAACAGCAACCAUAUUUUCACAAGACAACAAUAGUAGUAGCGGUCAACAAGCUAUUGUUCCAGUUCCAAAGAAAGAUAUUGAAAUUGUUCAAGUUGAUUCAUCAUCAUCGUCAUCAAUAGCUAUAGAUCCAGUUGUUCCAAAACCAAACAAAGUAGUCUGGACUAAAAAAGGAUUCAUUGGAUAUCAAUCACCUCCAUUACCAUCAACUACACCACAACAACAAGAUCAACAAAAUCAAGCGUUAUCGACUAAUUCAGUUGUAUCUCCACAACCAACUUCACCAACAAACAAACAACCGGCAGUUGAACCAGUUGCCGCUCAACCCUCGUUAGAAACACUCAAGAAAGAGAAACUAGCAAAGGAAUUGUUUGGAGGUGUCGUUGGAAAUGAAGAUGGCAAUUCCGGUGAAUCUAGAGUGAAUAGAAUGCACGGAAAGAAAACAACAACAACAACAGCAACAACUACAAGAUCAUCGAAUUUGUUUACAGGAGACGAUAAUGAAAUGCUUGUAAAUCUAAGUUUAGGCGAAACCAAUGUACAAUCAUCAUCAACACAGUCACCUUCGCCGUCACCUUCAAAAUCAACAUCUACAACAUCAACAACUCAACUUUUAGAUUUAGAAUCACCGACCAACAUUGUAAAAGUACCAACGAUUCAAGCUGAGCUAAUGGAGCUAGUUCCACCUGCUUCAUCUAUUUUAGAUACUGACGAUAGCGACAACAAUACAACAUCAACAACUACAUUAACAACAAUAACUUCUCCAUCAUUGAAAAGUCAAUUGUCAACUCAAAUCAACCCAGGAACAUCUUUUAAUAUUCAAAAUUUAAAUUUGUCAUCAAUACUUAGAAAAUAUAUAAAUAAUACAAAUUUAGAAAACAUUGUAAAUCAACAAAUAUAUAGUGAUAAUAAUAUAGUUAUUUCAACAAUCAAACAAUUUAACAAUUCACAGCUACAUCUUUUAUUAUUAAUAUCAAAUAAUCAAUCAACCAAAUCAUUAAAGAACAUCAAUCAAAAAAUAACAGGUAAUGAUCACCUAAAAUUAGAUUACGACGGUGAUUCAAUUGUAAAAAUACAUUCCAAUACUUUAUCAGUAGAUGAUCUAUAUCCAAAACUAACUGUUGUAGAAAUAAUUAAAAUUGAUUUAAAAAAAGUUGGAUUUGGUAUUUCUAUAAAUUUAAAUAUCGAUUUCAAUUUGGAUGGUCAGAGUAGUAAAACUAUACCAACUCUUUCGAUUCCCAUUGAAAUAUCCGAUUUCCUCAGACCUCUUGAUAUCGGGCUGAAUCAAUUCGAACAAACAUGGUCAUCCUAUUCACAGGAAAGAGAGAUAAUCGUUGAUAGCUCAUUACAACAGAAAUCAUCACAGCUACUGACGUGUUUUAUUAAGGGCCUACAUUUACAUACUAUUCAACCACUGGAUUCCGACAAUCAUACCGAGUUCUUUGGAGCUACACAGCUUAAAGUCAACUCAAAUAUUGCAGCUGGAGGAAUCACACUAUUCAAACUCGGUUACAAUGGUGGAAGGCUUACCAUAUCAUUGAAAACCAAUGAUAAGAACUUCUCUGAUGUAAUAUCAAGACAUUGUUAUAAAAUUCAUAACUCUUCAAUCAUUGCACUUAAAAAGUAA